AUGGUGGUCGGUUGGAUGUACUCUGCCUUCAUGGCUACGCUGCCCCUGGUCGGCAUCGGCAGCUAUAGCAAGACCAGCAUAUGCCUGCCGAUGGCGCGGGACGCGACGGACAGGGCCGGCAUCGCAUUCCUGCUGCUGCUGCUGCUCGGCAACGGGGCGGCCUUCCUGCUCAUCUCCUGGUUCUACCUGAGGAUGUACUGCAGCAUUUCACACGUGGAGAGGGGCCUGGUGCGGCCUAACGACCUGAAGGUGGCGAAGCGGAUGGCGCUGCUCGUCUUCACUGACUUCGCGUGCUGGGCGCCGAUCGCGUUCUUCGGCGUCACGGCCAUCAUGGGCGUGCCACUCAUCAGCGUCACCAACUCCAAGAUCCUGCUGGUCUUUUUCUACCCGCUGAACGCGUGCGCCAAUCCUUACCUGUACGCCAUCUUCACCAAGCAGUUCCGCGCCAACACGCUGCUCGAGAUGUCGUCCAUCCGCGGUGGUCGCAAGUCGUCGCAGGACUCGGCGGUCGAGAGCCACCUGCCGGCGGCGGCGGUCGAGCAGCCGGCGCUCAGCCCCGUGCUCGAGUGCUCGCGCACGUCGGACCCCGGCAGUGUGGCGCCGCCGGGCCACGCGCCGCGGCCGGACGGCGGCGCACAGUAG